AUGCACGCAAUGGGAGAGAAAGACCGCACCCCAGUGAUCGUGAGCGCAGUGCGCACACCCUUUGGCAGUCUGCAAGGCUCACUCUCCUCCUUAUCUGCCACGCAGCUGGGGUCCUUCGCCAUACAAGGGGCUUUGGAAAGAAUAUCGCUGGAGCCAGGCCAGGUCCAGGAGGUCUUCAUGGGGAACGUGCUCAGUGCAGGGCUUGGACAGGCGCCUGCAAGGCAAGCGGCUCUUGGGGCGGUACUACCUCAAUCCGUAAUAUGCACAACUGUGAACAAGGUGUGCGCUUCCGGCAUGAAAGCGGUCAUGCUAGCAGCUCAGAGCAUCCAGACAGGAGCCAAUGAGGUUGUAGUGGCAGGAGGCAUGGAGAGCAUGAGCAAUGUUCCGUAUUACUUGAAGGGCGCCAGAUCAGGCCUGCGCAUGGGCCACGGACAGCUGACAGAUGGCAUGAUCUCUGAUGGGCUCUGGGACCCCUACAGCGACGUCCAUAUGGGAGAGUGCGCGGAGGCCUGCGCGGCAAAGUAUGGCAUCUCCCGAGAGGAACAGGACGCCCAUGCGCUUGCGAGUCACGACCGAGCGACAGCAGCCCGGGAGCGCGGCUAUACAAAGUCGGAGGUAAUACACAUAGAGGUGGUGGGCAAGAGAGGCCGGCCGUCAACGAUGGUGACGGAGGACGAAGCUCCGGGAAAGCUGGACGCUGCGCGGCUGCGGCAGCUGCGGCCAGCGUUCCCUCUGCCGAGCGGCGAGGGCACCGUGACGGCCGGCAAUGCAUCGCCGAUCACCGAUGGAGCGGCUGCGCUUGUGCUGAUGUCGGCUGCAAAAGCUGCCGCGAUGGGCUUGAAGGUGCUCGGUACAGUGCUGGGAUAUGCAGACGCAGCACAGGCGCCGCAGGAGUUUACCACGGCGCCGGCGCAGGCCAUUCCCAAGGCGAUCUCAGCCGCGCGCGUGGCCCCAAGCCAGGUGUACUGCUAUGAGAUCAACGAGGCAUUCAGCGUUGUGGACCUUGUCAACCGGAGGCUGCUGCAACUGGACCCUGAGCGGGUGAACAUGCACGGAGGUUCAGUGGCUCUAGGCCACCCCAUUGGCGCUUCGGGAGCAGCAAUAAUUGUGCGGCUGCUGACAGUACUGGGAGCUAACAAUGGCAGCGUUGGCGUAGCGGCUAUCUGCAAUGGCGGCGGAGGCGCUUCAGCACUCGUGCUGAGAAGGUCUUGA